UACCCCUUCUCCCCCUCUCUCUCUCCCCUCACCCUCACUUUCUCUCACUAAAACCGCUCUCUCAAUUUCCACCAUUUUCCCCCAAUUUCCGAGAUCUAUGAAGAAGCUCAUGAGGAGACUAUCCAGAGUCGGCGACUCCUCGCAGUACUGCCUCCUCAGAUCUCAAUCGCGCCGCUGCAAUUCCUCCUCGCUGCGGAAGGGCGGCGUUCCGGAGGGGCACCUCCCGGUCUACGUCGGCGAGGAGAUGGAGCGGUUCGUCGUGAGCGCGGAGCUGCUCAAUCACCCGAUCUUCGUCACGCUGCUCAACCGAUCGGCGCAGGAGUACGGCUACGAGCAGAAAGGCGUGCUGCGCAUCCCCUGCCACGUCCUCAUCUUCGAGCGCGUGCUCGAGGCGCUCCGCGUCGGAAUCGACGCGCAGGAUCUGCUCAAUUCGCUCACCGAUCAGUUGUAGCGACCGAUGAAUUUUAAUUAUACUAGAUCGGCGCCGGCGUUUUUCUCUCUGCCUUCUCGAUUGUAUAUACUUUGUUGUGAACAGAGUUGAGAGGCGGAGAGGCUAGGGCUUUUUUUUUUGUUGAAGGUGUUUUUUUUUGUGCCUGAUGAUGUAGAAAAGUUACGACAGCGGAAAACAGAAAUUAAACGUAUUUUUCUUCA